UCUUCCAGUCGAGAAAGCCGUCCUUCUGCUUCACGAACGACGACCGAGCGUAAACGGCGUUUCUCAGCUACAAAUAACAAGAGCAGCAAUAAGGACGAGUGAGGUGCUGAGACAAACUUAUCUCAACCAAGAACCGAGAACAUCUCAUCGGCUGAGAUCUUCGCAGGUCAUAGAUGCAUUGGAGAUGUUAUAUACUUCGGUGGGCUACUCGAUUGAUUCCAUCCGGGAGGUAUUGUGCUCCAACCGGGUCGAGUACUCCACAUGUCAAGUAGCCGCAGCAUUACAAAGGGGAAUGGACAAGGGGAGAAUCAAAGAGACGCCACAAGGGCGAUUUUGUCUGAUUCGCCCCGUCAACCAACCGGCGACGCAAAACUCUUCCGAUGCCACAACACAAGGCUCUUCCGAUGCCACAACGGAUGCCACAACACACGGAUCUUCCGAUGCCACAACGGAUGCCACAACACACGGAUCUUCCGAUGCCACAACGGAUGCCACAACACACGGAUCUUCCGAUGCCACAACGGAUGCCACAACACACGGAUCUUCCGAUGCCACAACGGAUGCCACAACACACGGAUCUUCCGAUGCCACAACGGAUGCCACAACACACGGCUCUACCACCAGCACGGCGACUCGAGCCUCUACAAGCACGGCGACGAUGGCCUCUACAAGCACGGCGACUCAAACAUCUACAAGCACGGCGACUCAAGCCUGUACAAGCGCGCCGACGAUAGCCUCUACCAGCACGGCGACACGAGCGACACGAGCCUCUACCACACGAGCCUCUACCAACCCAGUGGCUACGCGACCCUCUUCCAGUCGAGAAAGCCGUCCUUCUGCUUCACGAACGACGACCGAGCGUAAACGGCGUUUCUCAGCUACAAAUAACAAGAGCAGCAAUAAGGACGAGUGAGGUGCUGAGACAAACUUAUCUCAAGUGAGACAGGUAUUUGAUAUCAUCGCGCUUUCAUCGAGUCUUCUGUGCAAAGUGACAUUUUGUUUUCAUUGUGCAGACUAUAAUAUUCUCCGCUAUGUUUUUGCUUUCCUCUAAAACUGACAGCGGAAGGAAAGUAAUUAAUUUCGGUUCAUGAACCCCAUUUACAGCUAAAAAUAGAGUUAAACAAUCGGCAGUUGACAAUUUAGGGUGAAUGUGACUGUAUUCACAGUUACAAACUUAUCUCAAGUGAGACAGGUAUUUGAUAUCAUCGCGCUUUCAUCGAGUCUUCUGUGCAAAGUGACAUUUUGUUUUCAUUGUGCAGACUAUAAUAUUCUCCGCUAUGUUUUUGCUUUCCUCUAUAACUGACAGCGGAAGAAAAGUAAUUAAUUUCGGU